UGGGCCGAGCACAUGCGAUCCAUCCCUGCACCAGAGAAGCAUUCAAUAAAAUCACCAGCGGUACCUGCAUUUAGUUAUUAAGCUGCCCAAUCUAGACGAGUAAACUCUAUCGCGGUACCAUCAAAGGAAUUCUUCUCACAUACAAGUGCGUGUUUAAAUCUAGAGUGGUGGUGUCUAAAGUGUCACAGCUUUCCAAAAGCAAACUGAAAAAUGAUUACGGAAAUCGAGACCUUCAAUUUGACGCCGAUCCAGAAAUUUUAUUCUGGAUCCAGCAUCUUCAUCACUGGAGGUACGGGGUUCCUAGGUACUAUUCUCAUCGAGAAGCUACUUCGAUGCUGCAGCGAUCUGUCUACAAUUUACAUUCUUGCACGUAAUAAGAAAGGGAAAAACCUACAGAGUCGCAUCGAUGAUUUGUUCGAAGGUCCUGUUUUCGAUAGACUCAAAAGAGAAUUUCCCAAGUUCCGGCAUAAGGUCGUUGGAAUCGGAGGUGACUGCAGUUUACCCAACUUAGGAAUCAACUUACAAGAUCGACAAAUGCUUAUCAAUGAGGUUUCAAUCAUAUUUCAUGCGGCGGCGACUGUCCGAUUCGACGAAAAACUCAAAAUGGCCACGGCCAUCAACAUCCGUGGCCCCCAUGAAAUCUUAAAAUUGGCCCGUGAAAUGCCUCACUUAAAAUCACUAAUCCACGUAUCAACGGCAUUUUCCAAUGUGCCUAACAAAAUUAUAGAGGAGCGGUUUUAUCCCAGUCCUGUCGAUGGUAAUAAGCUGCUGCUCUUGACUGAAACCAUGUCUGACAAUAUUUUGGAACACAUUACACCAACAAUUUUAGAUAAGUGGCCAAACACAUACACUUAUACUAAAGCAGUUGCAGAAGACCUUGUGCGGCAAGAAGCCCAAAACAUGCCAGUUGGAGUUUUUAGACCGUCAAUAGUUAUAUCCACGUACCAAGAACCAAUAGAAGCUUGGAUUAAUAACCUUUAUGGACCAACAGGAGUUUGUGCUGGAGCCGGAAGUGGCGUAUUGAGAACAUUACAUGCAGACAGCAAAGCUAACGCAAACGUUGUACCUGUAGACAUGUGUGUUAAUUCUCUAAUUGCGCUAGCUUGGGACGUGAAUAACGAAUUUGAAAAAGCAAAAACUGACAACACCAAGUACGAAAUUCCAGUUUAUCAUUAUGAAUCUAGCAACGAUCAACCUCUGAAUUGGGGAAAAUUUAUGGAAAUGUGCCAAACACACGGGGUCCAAAAGCCAAGUAUAAAAGCUGUUUGGUAUUACUGUUUUGAUCUCUACAGCAACUACUUCGUUUAUCUUUUGGUUACUAUUCUUCUUCAUUACUUGCCGGCGAUCCUAGUGGACGGCGCCUUGCUCUGCAUGGGGAAGUCACCCAAGAUGCUGCGUAUUUACAAAAAAAUACAUAAAUUUACCAGCGUGAUUUCGUAUUUCACAACGCAAGACUGGAUCUUUAAAUCUCAGCGAAUUCGCCGCAUGCUCGAAAAAAUGACCGACGAAGAUCAGCAGAUAUUUUUCUGCAAUCUGAAAAAACUGGACUGGCAUAAGUUUUUUGAGUCCUACUUGUUAGGAAUAAGGGUGUAUUUAAUACAAGAUCCUCUGGAUACACUUAAAGACGCUCAAGUCAGGUGGAAGAAACUGUAUUGGUUACACAUGAGUGUUAAAGUUUUAGUAGGAUAUUUGUUGCUCAGAUUCUUUUUGUGGAUUAUUUCUGCAAUAUUUAUUUCUUAGCGGUAAGCAACGACAAUGUUUACUUAGUUUUGUUGAGUUAUUAGUGAUAUUAUUUUAAUUAAUGAACAUACACCUACUUUGUAUAGAUGGAUAUAGUACAAUGUGUAAAUUAAAUUAAGUAUUUAUAAACAAAAACGAAUAAAAUUAACAAAAAAUUA